UCACUGCGCUAGUGAUAUAUCCGACACCCCGUGAAAGCAGCUUGGUUGAGUUCAGGCUCUGAAGUUGCAGUGACACGGGUUCGAGUCCCUGAAUCCGUCACGGCGCUUCCAACCACACAACACACUUUAACACGCACCGAAUGCAGCUGCAGGUCACGCGUGUUGUCUCAUCGCCGGGGUUUGAUUCCCACAGAGUCGGUCAGCAACGCACGCGCUUUAAAUGCACGGCCCCAGUGAACGCGCUCUGUGAGAGGCGCACGUGUGGCCGGAGCUGCCAGUGAAGCGGAGUUUCAGUCUCGAGUUAGUUCCGGUACAGGAAGACGUGCUGGAGCGGAUGUGUGACAAUGACCCGCGUUCAUCCUCUGCUCGUUCCAUGCGUCCGCGUUUGACUCACACGAGCCACAGCUGCCCGCUCUGUCUGGAUUACUGCCGCCGCCGCUGCCGGAGGAGAGGGUACUGAGCGAACAUGGGGACUCAAGGCACAGGACGGAAGAGAUCCACCAAGAAGGAGAAGUCGACGGCCGAGGACGAUGCCCUGAAUCUCAUAGCGAGAGAGGCUGAGGCCAGGCUUGCAGCAAAGAGGGCCGCCAGGGCAGAGGCCAGAGAGAUCCGCAUGAAGGAGCUGGAGAGACAACAGAAAGAGAUCUUUCAGGUGCAGAAGAAGUAUUAUGGCCUGAACACCAAAUUUGAUGAGCGUGUGGACAACAGAUGGGGAGAUAUUGAACAAUGGAUGGAGGACAGUGAGCGAUACUCACGUUCUUCACAGAUACACAUGCUCUCAGACGAUGAUGAGCGGAUGUCAGUGGGAAGCCGGGGAAGUGUCAGGUCGGAUCUUGAUGCGGUCGGAGCUUAUGCUGGAGGGGGCUCCUCACAUAAGAAGUCAAAGAAAAAGAAGAAACAUAAGCACAAAGACAGAGAUGGGAAUGGCAAUGAUGAUGAUUACAGUGUCAUGUCCAGCAGGAGCUCGAGACUCAGUGAUGAAAGCAGGGUAUCCCGCGCAUCCAGGCUAGACCUAACGAGCUCCAGACUGAGUGACGACAACCGGUUGUCUCGUGCCUCUAGAUCAGACCUGCAGCCGACCUCUGACCUGUACGGUCUCAAUGGUCUGUCCUCUAGAAACGCAGGGUCAACUUUCAAUGGUUACCAGGUCUGUAUACCAGACAGACAAACACAUAAACACCUGGAGUCACAUGUGCAGAACUCCUUAUAUGAAGACAGCAUCUGCAGUGGAUCACGGAGAGUCACUGGAUCCAGCUCCCAUCCAUUAGAGUACAGUAGUUAUCGCAGUUCCGGCUCCAGAGCCUCCAGCAGGGCCGGUUCAGCCCGUGCCAGCCCAGUGGACAACUGCAGCUCUGUUGCCAGUUUUUUGAGGAGUGCGGCCAGUAGCAGUGGCCUCCCCCGGGACCUGGACGAUGUUACUAUCCCUGACUUUGCAGAUGUGGAGGACAGAGAUUAUCUUGAGAAGGGAUCUCGAGCAGCUUCUUCCUUAACCGCAACAACGCUCACAUCCUUAGGUGGGACAUCCUCCCGAAGGGGAAGUGGAGAGACGGCUAUAACUGUAGACGCUGAGACAUCCAUACGAGAAAUCAAGGAGAUUCAUGAACUGAAGGAUCAGAUUCAAGAUGUGGAAACCAAGUACACGCAGAACCUAAAAGAAGUUAAGGAUACAUUAUCAGAAGUGGAGGAGAAGUAUCGUAAAGCCAUGGUGUCCAACGCUCAGCUGGAUAACGAGAAAAACAACUUGAUGUAUCAGGUGGACACACUCAAGGACUCGCUCAUGGAGCUGGAGGAGCUGCUGUCUGAGUCACAAAGAGGAUACGAGGAGAAAGUCAAGGACUAUGACAGAGAAAAGCAUGCCCACAGUGUCCUUCAGUUCCAGUUCAAUGAAAUGAAAGAGACUCUAAAACAAAGUGAAGAGCUGCUAAAUGAGAUCCGUCAGCUGCGUAUGAAACAGGAUGGUUUUGUUAGAGAAAUAUCUGACCUGCAGGAGACGGUGGAGUGGAAGGAUAAAAAAAUUGGGGCCUUAGAGCGACAGAAAGAAUACACAGAUGCAAUCCGAACUGAGCGAGAUGAACUCAGAGAGGAGGCGGUGAAGCUCAAAGACAUUCUAAAGAAACAUGGAAUAGUGUUGGGACCUGAUCUAAACAUCAAUGGGGACAUUGUUGAAGUAGAAGUUGACGGGUCCAGUGGAGACUCUGCUCAACAACCAGCUCAGGAAUCACAGACGUCACCUGCAGAGGGGAACAGCAUGCUCGGCAACACAGAUGAGACUGAGGAGGUGGAUCCAGAUCAGCAUCAAGAAAUUGUGAAAGAGGAAGCACAAGAGAAUCAGUUGAGCUCUGAUAAACUCUGUGAUGUUGCAGUGUCCACAGUGGAAACGUCUAGUGGAGAACAGACUGCAGAGGAACAACAGAAAUGCUUAAGCACAGUGGACGAGCGCAUUGGAGAAAGCGACCUCAGCAAAGACUUAAAUAUUGACAUUCCCGAUCAUCCAAUUACUGAAGCCAAAGAUAUAAUUGUAACAAGUGCUGAGGAAAAUAGUCCAGACACAGAAACAAGCAGGUGUGAGACAGAUUUAGUGGAGACAGAAACCGAAAGCAGCAGUGUUAACACACACAGGGAUGAUUUUAAACAGACAUGUAACAAGCUUAGUGAAAAGCAAGAAAACAAACAAGAAGAAGCUAUGGAAAGUAAUUUGAGUACAGAAUCAUGUCCUCAGCAAAAAGAUGUGAAGGACAUCGCAAAAGACAUAGACAAUGUCGAGGCAAAGGAAAUACCCAGUAAAUCUCAGGGUGAAGCUAAUGCUUCAGGGAAAAGGAAGAAAAAGAAGAGAAGAGGCAAAAAGAAAGGGAACCAACAAAAAGAUGAAACAGAAAAAGAAAACAGCAAAACAGAACACAGUGUAGAAUCAGAUAAAGAAGAACAAGUUGGAUCUAAUACAACAGAACCUAAUAUAGACGAUUCUGUCACUGAAAUCCUCAAGGAAUCAAAGAUGGAUCAAGUAAAGAAAGAACAGGUCGGGCAACAAAUUGAGGAAGCAGAAGAAGCAGCAAAAGCACUCGAACCCACUGAAACCUUUUCUCACAAAGACGCUUUCCAAGAACCAAAUGAGCAUGACAAGGAACAAACUUUGAAAACUGAGACAAUAGAAGAAUUAAAAGAAGUGGCACCGAGCAAACCCCUUUCUUGCACUGAAACUCGAGAGGAAAUAAGAGUUAAUCAAGAAACAAAUGAACCAAACAAAGAUCAAAGUGACACAGCAGACAUAAUAGAGGUAGUGGCACCAACUGAAACUUUUUCUCAUAUUGAAACUCCGAUGGAAUUAUGCAAAGAACCCAGUAUGGAUGAGCAGGGUAAAGAAGAAACAGAGAAAGCAGGAGAGGUUGAAUCUAUACCAUGUCCUCCAGAGACCCAUCUGGGUACAUGUGAUCUUACUGACACCUCCACCAGUACAGACUGCACCGAUGGCCUUGACAAUAAGCUUACUUACAGUGUAGAUAAGUCAGUACUCUCAACUAAUGGUGACAUCAUCCAAAGUGAGUCAAAAAUCAUUGAUAAUGUUGAGGAUGAGGACGUUGUGUCUGUUGAUGAGAUGAAGCCUGAAUGUAAAACUGAUACCAUCGGUCAGAUAAACACUGAAGAUGAAUCACACGUUCCGAGCAACAUCGAUGUUGCUGCUGAUUUAUCUGAAUCCACAAACGUUCAUGAGAGAAUAGACCUCACAUCAGUCUUGUCGGCAUAUACUGAUGACGUCACAAACUGUCUCAAGAGCUUGUCUGACUCCAAGCCUCAACCAGAGCCAUCAUCACUAAGGGAUGACUCUCCCAUCAUGGUUCCUGAUAAAGAUCCUGAGGAGACAACAAAAGAUAUAGAGGAGGCAGGAAUACAGACUGAACAAGAAAGUUUUCCUCUCAGCGUCACUGCUCCUUGUCAGGCUGGUGGUAAUUCAGAGCUAAAACAAGAUGGGACACAAAAAGAAGAGUUGGAGAGAGACUUGAAGGAACCUGGAGGUUUAAUCGAGCCAGAAAGCUCCUCACAUGAUGAAAAUGGCGACAGCGCAUCAUUAACGAAUAACCCAGAUGCAUUAGACAUCGAAAAAGGUCUGUUAGAGACUGAAGCUCAGGUUGAACAUUUAGAUGAGGUAGAAGGCCAGACAUUAGAGUGUGUGGACCUGAAAGAUGAAUCAAAUGCCAGAGAAACAGAUGAGACCGAUACCAUUGACAAGUUAAAUACACCAGACUCUCAGAAAGAAGAAGAGAUUGGUUCCUCCUGUUCUCUGGCUGAGCACCUGCAUGAAUCCAGCGAAGACAAACGUGAGGAUGAUUCAUCUCAACCUAACCAGCAGGGCAGUGAUGAAGAGGAUGGUGAAGAUGAGGAAGGGCAAUCUUUUGAUUUUGAUGACAUGGAUGUUGAAGCAGCUUUUCAAACCAUUGCACCAGAAAACAAAGAAGAGGAAAUCGUUGAGGAGGGAGUUGAAGUUGUGUCAGAUCCAAGUGAAAAUACACAAAACAAGCCAACUGAGAGAAACGAUGAGACGUCUACGUUUGAUGAGUGUAACCAGGUAGAUAAAGAGUCUGAAACAAUACAUCAAGACAAGCAGAGCACUUUGGCUCAUGAGGAAGCCACGGCAGAUGAGGCACGGCCCAAUAUAGAGGACGGAGCCAUUUUAAAUGUUGUAGAGUCAGGUGUUGUUGCAGAGGACACUAACCAGGCAACAUCUUUCCCAGUAGAGGAAGGAUUAGACAAGCAGGAGUUACAGGGUGACAGUUUGGUUUCACCAGAGAGGGCCGUCCAUGUAGCCAGUGACACAGAGCCACCACAUUCAAGCAAAGAUGUAAGGAAGAACAGCAAGAAAGGCAAAGGCAAGGGCAAAGAGGACUGUAAAAUGUCUUAGUUUAUAAGUGGUAUAUACUGUAGUAUAGAUGUAUCUGAUGUUCCUUCAGUAGUCGUUGCUUAGCUCUUAAAAAGGGGGUAGAAUAGAUAUUUGCAAAACCAAACAGCACUUUGUUGAACAGUGGUGUAUGUAUGUAUGUUAUUUUUAAAAAUGCACGGUAAAAGUCCAAACAUCAGUUUUCAUUGAGGUCAUAUGUACAAAAAAAGGAUGAUUUGCGGAGAGAUGAAGAAACUGCGAGGAUGGACUGGACUUUGACCAGUGGAUAGAACUGCUACUUGUAUUUAGUUAUUGAUGUAAUAGCCUAUGAUGCUUGUGAUGUUUAAUUGAGGAUAUUUGUUUCAGUGUCUCAGACCAUUUGUUCUGCUUGAUGGAAUUGUUAUUCCCUAAAAGAGCUCAUUCGGGGGGGGGCACAUUUUGCUAAUUCUCAUUUAAGGGGCUAUAUAUAAGUUAUCACUACAUAGCUAUGUAUGUACAGCUGCGUAUUUACCAGUGUAAAGAGAAAAAUUCAGUCUUGAGCACGAUCACACAAACAUAAAUUUGCAGGUGAAUGUUGCAGGUCAAACGUCACCAAAGUUUAACUCCACAAGAAGCUGCACUUCUGAUGUGCUUUUUCACCUCCUCGCUCACACUGAUAACCAGGAGGCGAAUGUUCGCAACUGAUGCAUUUACACGUGUGACCGGGCCUUUACUCAUCACCGGAAAUUAGCAUGCUAACAUAUUUGUAGUGGCCCAGCUGGACUUUCUUGUCACUUUUUGAUAGCUGUAGCAUCCAGUCAACUCCUGCUCAGAGGACACAUCAUGACCUCAUGUCUUGUAAAAGUAGCCGUUGGUCAUAGGUCAUGGCAAGCGGCCAUCACCGUCAACCAUUUCCAGCAAGACACCACAUUUGGUAGCAGAGUAAACUUACAUAUAGCACCUUUAAGACUUUAAGGCUUUUACAUUUUCUAGGUAUGUUAUGAAGGUUCAAAUUAUAAUAUUUAGUUAAGACAUUUCCAAGGCCCUGAAUUCUAAGGCACAUUAAUGUAUGAUAAAUGCAUGUUUACAUUAUGUUCCACUUUAUGGAAAAGAUGUCUGCGGUCCCUGAACAAUGAAAUGCCAAUAAAUCCCCUGUUGACACCUA